GCAAGUGUUUUACCACCGGAAAAGCUACUCAGCGCUAACAAAGUGAAGGCGUCCUUUGAAGAGGCACCGAGAGCGCUACCAAUAACGGAUGCUUUGUUCUGUGAGCGAAUGCAACCCGACGGCCCGUACAUGGCCGACCAUCGCAAAGGCGACAUCGAAAUGGACUUUGUUAAUCAGUUGAUCAAGAAUGUCUUAGAAAUUGUAAAUGGUUCCGGCAGUACCGAGCUAGAAUUGAAAAUUACAUUAGACAGAGAGGAUAACGGUUUACCAAAAGUCAAAUUCGAACUUAUACCAAAGUCGCGGCUGAAAAAUCCAAUUGAGCGAUUGAAUCGUGCUUAUGUGCAGUACGCCAAGGUAUGCACUCAUCGUUUACAGAUACCCUUUGACCCCUUUGUAGGGACGCCUCACGCCCUGUCUUGA